CGUUGGAAGGCAGGAAGGUCAGAGGUGGCGCGCUGCGCAGUUAUGGCGUCUCUGAGAUGGUGGUCGUGUGGCCGGUUGUACCGGAGUGUGUCUCCGCUCAUGAGGCUCACCAGCCCGCGGUAUGUGUUGGGUCUCGGGCGGCGGAUCCACCGAGCACCGAGCCGCUGGAUGACGGAGAAAGGAGCGUGGGGGAAAACACGAGCUGUGGAACAACAACAACAACAACAAUACCUGACUGAACUGGACAAGGCGGAUGCGCUGAUGCUGAGGAAGUCACAUGAAACAGGAUUCCUGUCAUGGUUCCGAAAUGGUUUGCUUGCCACUGGGAUCGGAGUUAUUGCCUUUGUGCAGAGUGAUGUAGGAAGAGAAGCAGGAUAUGUAUUUUUCAUCCUGGGUGGAGUGUGCGUGUCAUUCGGCGGAGGGUCCUACGUAGCCAGUUUGCUUUCUCUGAGGAGACUCUUGCUGCUCUCUCUGCCUUCCGUGCUGCUCCACACAGCCGUGGUGUCCAGCGCUGCCCUCUUCUGGCUGUGUGCUGUGUCUCUCUACAUCGGCCGCCUCGAGGUAGAAAUCAUCCACGAUGAGGACGAGGAGGAGGAAGGUGGUGACGAUGGAGGCGAGUGUGCAGAAUGUAAGGCUCGGCGAGACGGAGGCCACGCAAGUGAGGGAGGCCAGGAGAAAUAAUGAAGAGACUCCUACACUCUGGAUAUCUGUACUAGGAUCAGAGUUUUGGUCCUGAACAUAAAUAUCGAAAGACAAAACAUAACUUAAGUGGCAAUAGAGUUUAUUUUUGUGUUGGAGAGGAUGGGGAUGUUUUGGUGGUUAUACUAUAAACUGGUCUUUGUCCUGGUCUUCGUGUACAAGGAUCAAGGUCAUGAGUCCUCUAUUCUUUCAGUAUGGAUAAAUUGUGUGUACGUGUGAGUGUAUAUAAAUAUUGUAAGGUGUUUUUUCUAUCUAUUUGAAGCACUUAAAACAUAUCAGGAAAUAUUCCACUUAAAGAAAUGUUCCAUCAUUUCAUUGUAGUUCCAGUUGCUGAAUUGGUUUAAAUUAAAAAAAAAAAGCUCUAGGUUUUCUGCAGGGUUUGGAUGAGAGGCGGCCUACCUUUUAAAGGGGCAGUUUGUAAUUUUUAGAGCCCUCUACGGUCUAUAUUAGGUAUUGCAGUUAGUGAUAACGCUGACGAGGCUUCCAGCUUCCCCUUGUCUGAUCCCACCCAUGUGUUCAGUGUAUACUUUGCGAGUUGCCUUUUAAGGAAAAGGUGUGGCACUGACGGUGCCCGUCUCAGGAGGCGGAGCUAAUAUCUGUGCUGAAGAGAUGUAGAUUGAAGCCUGAUGUGAAGAAACUAACCAGAUACAUUGCAUGGUCGUGUGUAUAGAAACACUUAAAAUUACAGACAGCAGCUUUAAAAGAACUUGAGAUUCAAAACAUUUGCACGUCUUCCAUUACUGUCGUUUGAAGUCUAUUAGAUUUGUUGGAGUGCUAGAAUUAAUGCUAAAAGUACCCAGUGUUUCUGCAACUCAGGAAAGGUGUAUUACAAUGACAAAGGAUUUCCUUAUAAGAAGUAAGCACUGGUGGUGGUUUAUUUAUUUUAUAUAUAUAUAUAUAUAUAUAUAUAUAUAUAUAUAUAUAUAUAUAUAUAAAUAUAAAAAUAUACACACACUCUCAGACACUCUCUCUGGGGGGAAAAUAAGGUUAAAUCUAGAUCCCUGAAGGUUUCCUGGCUUGUUUGUCUGCAGAAACUCAUGUUUUAUAUAAAACAGUGUCUCCCUUUCAGAACAUGUAACUGUCAAAAAGAAAAAGGGGGGGGAACCUUUUAGGGACGACAACCCCCCCCCCCAUUUUAUUUAUAUAUAUAUAUAUAUAUAUAUAUAAAUAAAAUAUGGGCGGCACGGUGGUGUAGUGGUUAGCGCUGUCGCCUCACAGCAAGAAGGUCCUGGGUUCGAGCCCUGGGGCUGGCGAGGGCCUUUCUGUGCGGAGUUUGCAUGUUCUCUGCGUGGGUUUCCUCCGGGUGCUCCGGUUUCCCCCACAGUCCAAAGACAUGCAGGUUAGGUUAACUGGUGACUCUAAAUUGACCGUAGGUGUGAAUGUGAGUGUGAAUGGUUGUCUGUGUCUAUGUGUCGGCCCUGUGAUGACCUGGCGACUUGUCCAGGGUGUACCCCGCCUUUCGCCCGUAGUCAGCUGGGAUAGGCUCCAGCUUGCCUGCGACCCUGUAGAAGGAUAAAGCGGCUAGAGAUAAUGAGAUGAUAUAUACGUAUAUGCACGCACAGCUGCCUGCUUUAGUCUGUAGAAUUUUUAUUGUUGCUGUCUGGCCUUUACGGUUUGGAAGUAAAGCGGUAUCUCUGAGUAAAUUUUUCCAGAUUUAUUUUCAAAAACAACCAAAAUGAUUUAAAAAAAAAAAAAUUGGCUUGUGACCAAAAUUGUCUUAUCUGCCAGUAAUAUAUUUUAAUAUCUCUAAUUUAGGCGGCACGGUGGUGUAGUGGUUAGCGCUGUCACCUCACAGCAAGAAGGUCCGGGUUCGAGCCCCGUGGCUGGCGAGGGCCUUUCUGUGUGGAGUUUGCAUGUUCUCCCUGUGUCCGCGUGGGUUUCCUCCGGAUGCUCCGGUUUCCCCCACAGUCCAGAGACAUGCAGGUUAGGUUAACUGGUGACUCUAAAUUGACCGUAGGUGUGAAUGUGAGUGUGAAUGGUUGUCUGUGUCUGUGUCAGCCCUGUGAUGACCUGGUGACUUGUCCAGGGUGUACCCCGCCUUUCGCCCGUAGUCAGCUGGGAUGGGCUCCAGCUUGCCUGCGACCUUGUAGACCAGGAUAAAGCGGCUACAGAUGAUGAGAUGAGAUCUCUAAUUUAAGAAAGCAAUAUAUUUUUACCAAAAUGACACUGAUUUUUAUUUAGGCGUCUUUAUAACCUUGUCUUGACGUUUUGUCUCUUUUUUUGCAAAGAUCAGGUCAUACCCGAUAAAGUCAGUUUAACAAACUGGUGGUGAAUUGUCAUCCUGCAUAAAGAUCAAAUAAAUUCUGAAACCUUGCUAGCUAAGUGUGAGGUGACGCAGUGAAUAUUCCUGACACAGUGAAUAGCACGAUUUGAUCAAGUUGUUCUAUAGCUAUAUACCAUGGUGAAAUGGACAGGAGUCUGAUCGUAGUGUUAUGUUGUGAUCCUCUUGCAUCAAAAGAUCAACGCGCCUUCACAUUUAACACAAUAAAAAAUAAUUUAGGCUACAGGACUGACUGGAUUAAUCAAUGAUUAUUUCCCCACCGAUGUUGACCUGAACGGAGAUCAGUCAAGUGAAGAGAUGAAGCUCAUGUCUGAAAGCCGUGAUUGAGUGGUUUUUUUUUUUUUUUUUCCCCCUCCUCAAGUGGUGAGACAGGGACUAACAUGAAUGAUGCUGAUCAAGUGAGAACUCAUUUACUGUUGGAAGCUUGAAUGUAAAUCAUUCUUCACAAUGUGGAAGUAAUGGUGUUUUCAUCAGUAGAUGAGGUUAUAAACGUUGGGUCGUCUUUCAGUGGAAUUGGAAUUGAAUCUUAAGUUUGAUUCAGGAUUUUCCUUUUCAGGAAAAACAAAGUUUUUAUAAAGGGAUAUCCAAGUAAGCAUCGGUUUAUGGGGAUGGAGACAUCUAGAGUUUUAUUCAGAUUUAUUGUGUGUGUGCAAGCUUUCGUUAAUGUAUCUUGCUUUGACUGUACUUCUCCUGAGUGUUUUAAUUAACUUCUUAUAACGUCAUUAAAACACAACACCGAUGGAGAGAAAUGAAACGCUACUGUUUCAAUCCAAAGCUCUAUUGUGGUGUUUAAGCAGCCAGUUUCAGGUGAAGUUGACCUCGUGUUUGACGCUUGCCUAUACAUUUAUACUCUCUUUCAAUCUGUUAAUUUAAUUCCUCUGAGCUGAAUGUAUUUAAUUAAAUUAGCUCUAUAUUAAUGGAGGUGAGACAACCUGCUCUGACAAAAUACAGUGGUCGGACCUUUUGCUGGUUCUUUCUGAGCGUGGGCUUCGAAUCAAUCUUUGUAUAUAAUACAUGACCACAAUGUUGUACCUCCUUUCUUUUACAGUCAGUCUGUGCACUUUGUGUAAGUAGCUUUAUUGCCUUGAUGCUGGAAGGACAGUAGAGUUUUAAGUCUUUUUUUUGGCCUAGUAACACUUACUGCAGACCAUGUGUAUGGUUUACUCCAGAGUAUGUUUACUUAAUGUUCUCUAGUGCAUGUUGUAGAGAUCAUAUUAAAUCACACUUUUUCCAUUU